AGUCGAACAAUGCACGAGCAAGGCAAAAAACACAAAGAAAAUCAGGAGAAAUUUCUUAGAGACAUUUAUCGUAAAGAACAUGAAAACCGCAAAGAAGCAGCAAAAACUAAACGUGAAUUAGAAAGAAUUGAAAAGGCAGCAAUGAAACAGUAUAGAAGAGAUUUAGCACUUGAAACUCCUGGUGCUACUUUACCUAUACGGCCUCCAACGGACUCAACACCCGUAAAAAAUUAUGGUUAUCAUGAUAAGGUUUAUGUAGGACCAGCUAUUAAAACUUCUGGUGCUACUUUACCUAUACAGCCUCCAACGGACUCAACACCCGUAAAAAAUCAUGAUAUUGGUUAUGUAGGACCGGCUAUUAAGGAAGAGUCUAAGUAUGAUUCUACAUUAUCUUCAACAACGCAGUAUACUUAUGAUGAAUUAGAUCUGGAAUUUGUAAAAAUAAAAAAAGAGGAAGGCGUAGAUGAAAAAAGUAGUGUGGUUUUUAAAAAGAGAAAACUUGGAAGUGGCAGUAAUAAAUCAAGAAAUAUUAGGAAAAAAAUUGACUAA